AUGCGAGCGCGCCAUAUACUUCCGGUGUUCAUUUCCACCGUGUGUUUGAUAUCCUGCUGCACACCGUGUUCCCCGGAUAUUGGACAGCCACUGGACUUGAAUCAGUUUUCAGGAGAAUGGUUUUUCGUAGCUGGGACACCGAUCAACGAAAGUUUAAGUAGAUGCGGACAGUUCCUGGUCAGACAAACAAACCUCGACUCGUUCACGAUGAAAUACACGGCCCUCAGUUACAGGAACAACGUUCCAAUCGCUGUCAACGUGAAUGCAACAGCCAACGGAAGGAACGUCGUUGGAACUUGGCAAUUCGAAGGAUCGAGAAGAAAAUUGGGACCCUUUCGACACGUUAUAGUGUUCGCGAGGUACAACACGGUCCUCGGGAUGCUAGUCUGUUCGGAGAGCACGUCUCGCCAUCAGGGAUACAAGUUCGCCAUGAUUUGGUCCCGUGAGAGGAGCCUGCCUUUGCCGGUGUUGAAGGAGCUCAAGUCCAAACUGGGAGCAUACGUUAAUCAAGGGGAAAUUCGGAUGGUGGAUCACGGCAACUGUUAA